UCAAAUAUUUGUAAAUAGUUCUUUCUUUGCUUCAGUAUGUCUAGCAUGCCUAAGUCAUGGCAAACCGAAGAUCUUUAAAAGGGGUGCCAAGUGAGAACUUUCACAAAUGGCUGGAUGGUGUAUCAAAGACGUUUCUGCUUCUCUCCAAUGACCAAAGAAAUAAGACACUGGACCAACUGAUAGACUGCAGUGGAUCUCACCAGCUGAAUCACCUGUCAACUCGGUUACCUCAGCUUCUGUACAGAGACUAUAUCAAUCUUCUACCUCAGGAGGUUACAUGCCACAUCCUGCAGUAUCUGCCAGGACACACUCUACUGGAGUGCUGCACCGUCAGCCGAACCUGGAACACCGUCAUCCAGGGGGCAGCACGGGUAUGGUGGAUGAAGGCGAUACAGAGAGGGGCUGGCGAUGUUGUGUACUAUGGUGGAACAACCAGGAAGUAUAUGAUGCUGUAUCAACAGGUGGAGAAGCUCCUCAACAAAUGUUGCCGGGGAAGCUGUUUUGUAGACCAGUCUCUGGAGGGGCACACCAACAGAGUGAUGGCCGUGUGUUACAGGGAUGGAAAAGUUGCAACAGGGUCAGAUGACCAGUCAGUGCGAGUGUGGGAUGCUCAUACAGGCAGAUUGCUGCAUAAGAUUCACACCCACACAGUGUCGGAUCUUAAACUUAACGCAAAACACAUGUAUACUGCUUCCUUUGAUGGCACUGUGGCAUGCUGGGAGCUGUCGACUGGUGAAUCGCAUUACUGGUUAGUUGGUCACACUUCAGCAGUGUUCAGCAUCGAUGUUCAUGAAUCAGGUUUAGUAAUCAGUGGGUCUUCGGACAAGACGGUGAAAAUCUGGCAUCGGCAACACGAGGAACCAUACCUUCUUACCUCCUUAGAAGAUUACCACUCUGAAUGGGUCACAAAAGUCCAGUUCCUGAAUACAGCAGAGUUGUCAAGUGAUUUACUGUUUGCCAGCAUUGAUAAGCAUAUCUGCCAUGUUUGGUGCACUGAUGCUAAAGGGCAUUGUGAGAAGAUGUUUUCAACGAAGAAAACAACUGGCGUACAGAUUACCUCCUUCUCCCACAGCAAGCCAGGUCGGUUCUACCUGUGUACAUGGAAGGAGAGGGAGCUUUGUAACGAGAUAUUGACGUACACAUUUACCAGCGACAGCCUCACACUGGUGUCCACCAUGUCCCUGGGUGGGGACAUGCCCCUCAGGUGUCAGCUGCUGGGGGCAGGGGACAGGUUUGCUGCCCUCACCAGCUCCAGUGAGAUUAACCAGCUGUUUCUGUUCAGCUUUACUCAGUGUUGCUGUGUGGCAAAAAUCAACAUUCCUCUCUGUCGGUUUACCCGUAAUGGUGCUACCUUGACCCUCGGUGAGCAGUCUUGGCUUGAUGGAUUCAGUGGGACACCACCAGAGGGCACUGUCAUGGCAGCCUGUCUGCAGAACUCAAGUCACGUCAUGCUGCUGAACUGGAAACUCUGACCACACACAUAUAUCAGACUAUUGCUAAUGUGGUCAAUUGUGUCUGAAAUAACUCAAAUGUACGACUAGACAGUGAGUGAGUGAGUUUAGUUUCAUGCCACACUCAGCAAUAUUCCAUCUAUAUGGCAGAGGUCUGUAAAUAAUCAAAUCUGGACCAGACAAUCCAGUAAUCAGCAUCA